GUCCUCGGACGGCGGGGCUCGCGCACAGCUCCGACCGGGGCGCAGCUGGGCCCCCACCCUGCGCAAUGGCUGCGGUCUGGGGUCCGCCCGGGGGGGAUGCUCGGCCCCCGGCACUUGGCGGGACACCUCCGGCCGGGGGCCAGUAGCGUUGCUGGCCGGUGUCUGCCGUCGCUCUGUGUCUCCGGCCGGCGAUUGGUUUGGGUCUGGGGCCCGCGCGAAGGCCGGUCUGCCGCGGCUUAGGCUGGAGUGGCAGAGGGAGGGAUGCUCUGCUCCCGGGACUUGGCGAGAUGCCUCCGAUCCGGGGCAGACCCACCUGCGGCAUCUACGCCAGUCUCUCCAGGCAAGGCCCGCGUGUCAUCUCAUCUCUGCUUCCUCCCUGGGAGGGAGGCAGGCCUUUCCCUGGGGCCUGGCCUGGCCACCGCCUGCGGCUGACCUUUCCUGGGUGACGCCCAGCACGCUGUCCACUGCUCGCUGAGGUAAUCUCCAGAGAUGGCGGAGGCUCACCAAGCUGUGGCCUUUCAGUUCACCGUCACUCCCGACGGCAUCGACCUCCGACUGAGCCAUGAAGCCCUUAAACAAAUCUGCCUCUCGGGCCUCCACUCCUGGAAGAAGAAGUUCAUCCGAUUCAAGAACGGCAUCAUCACCGGCGUGUUCCCCGCGAGCCCCUCCAGCUGGCUCAUCGUGGUGGUGGGCGUGAUGUCGUCCACGUACCUCAAAGUGGACCCCUCCCUGGGGAUGAUCGCGAGAAUCAACCGGACCCUGGACACCACCGCCUGCAUGUCCUGCCAGACCAAGAACGUCGUCAGCGGCGUCCUCUUCGGCACGGGCCUCUGGGUGGCCCUCAUUGUCACCAUGCGCUACUCCCUCAAGGUGCUGCUCUCCUACCACGGCUGGAUGUUCGCGGAGCACGGCAAGAUGAGCCGUGCCACCAAGAUCUGGAUGAGCAUGGUCAAGAUCUUUUCCGGCCGAAAACCCAUGUUGUACAGCUUCCAGACGUCUCUGCCCCGUCUGCCGGUCCCAGCGGUGGAAGACACGGUCAGCAGGUAUCUGGAAUCGGUGAGGCCUCUCAUGAAGGAAGCAGACUUCCAGCGGAUGACAGUACUUGCCCAAGAUUUUGCUGUCAACCUUGGACCAAAAUUACAGUGGUAUUUGAAGUUAAAAUCCUGGUGGGCCACAAAUUAUGUGAGCGACUGGUGGGAGGAGUACAUCUACCUGCGAGGACGGGGACCGCUGAUGGUGAACAGCAACUACUACGCCAUGGAGAUGCUGUACGUCACCCCGAGUCACAUCCAGGCAGCGAGGGCGGGCAACACCAUCCACGCCAUCCUGCUUUACCGCCGCAAGCUGGACCGGGAGGAGAUCAAGCCGAUCCGCCUCCUGGGCUCCACGAUCCCCCUCUGCUCUGCUCAGUGGGAGCGGUUGUUCAAUACUUCCCGGAUCCCCGGGGAGGAGACAGACACCAUCCAGCACCUCAAGGACAGCAAGCACAUCGUGGUUUACCACCGUGGGCGCUACUUCAAGGUCUGGCUCUACCACAGCGGGCGGCUGCUGAAGCCCCGGGAGCUGGAGCAGCAGAUGCAGAGGAUCCUGGACGACCCGUCCGAGCCGCAGCCAGGGGAGGCCAAGCUGGCCGCGCUCACCGCGGCCGACAGGGUUCCCUGGGCCAAGUGCCGCCAGGCCUAUUUCAGACAUGGGAAAAACAAGCAGUCUCUGGAUGCCGUGGAGAAAGCGGCGUUCUUCGUGACGCUGGACGAAACCGAACAGGGGUACAGGCCGGAGGACCCCGAGGCGUCCAUGGACAGCUACGCCAAGUCCCUUCUGCACGGCCAGUGCUUCGACAGGUGGUUCGACAAGUCCAUCACGUUCAUCGUCUUCAGGAACGGGAAGAUGGGCAUCAACGCCGAGCACUCCUGGGCCGACGCGCCCAUCGUGGGCCACCUGUGGGAGUACGUCAUGUCCACCGACUGCUAUCAGCUGGGGUACGCGGAGGACGGGCACUGUAAAGGGGACACCAACCCCAGCAUCCCCUGCCCCACCAGGCUGCAGUGGGACAUCCCAGAAGAAUGUCAGCAGGUGAUAGAGACGUCCCUGAACAGCGCGAAUCUCCUGGCCAACGACGUGGACAUCUACUCCUUCCCGUUCGACUCCUUUGGCAAAGGACUGAUCAAGAAGUGCCGGACGAGCCCGGACGCCUUCAUCCAGCUGGCCCUGCAGCUGGCCCACUACAAGGACAUGGGCAAGUUCUGCCUCACGUACGAGGCCUCCAUGACCCGGCUGUUCCGAGAGGGCAGGACGGAGACUGUGCGCUCCUGCUCCAUGGAGUCCUGCAGCUUCGUGCUGGCCAUGGUGGACCCCAGCCAGACGGUGGAGCACAGGCUCAGGUUGUUCAAGGCGGCGUCGGAGAAGCACCAGCACCUGUACCGCCUGGCCAUGACCGGCGCCGGCAUCGAUCGCCACCUCUUCUGCCUUUAUGUGGUGUCCAAAUACCUCGCUGUCGACUCCCCUUUCCUUAAGGAAGUUUUGUCUGAGCCUUGGAGACUGUCAACAAGCCAGACCCCUCAGCAGCAGGUGGAGCUCUUUGACUUUGAUAGGAACCCAGACCACGUGUCCAGUGGAGGGGGCUUCGGGCCGGUGGCGGAUGACGGCUACGGUGUGUCGUACAUCAUCGUGGGAGAGAAUUUCAUCCACUUCCAUAUCUCCUCCAAGUUCUCCAGCCCGGAGACGGAUUCACACCGCUUUGGAAGACACCUGAAGCAGGCCAUGGCGGACAUCAUCGCCCUGUUCAGCUGCACCGCUAACUCCAAGAAGUAAUUCCAAGAAGAACGCGGACUCCUCUCUACAAACCAAAUGAAGAAUAGGAUUAAUCCUGGUGUAGUUCAGGAUGAAAAAUUGCUCUUAGAAAACUCAAAAGUUUUCCUUCCAAAAAGGGUUUGUUGCUUUGUCUCCCUAGCACGGUGGUGGCACCGUGUGAAGUGUAACCUAUUGUCCCAGCACAUCCUGGCUUUGGGAAGGCUCCAAGGCUCCCCGGAGCCUGUGCCUCGGCUGGUACUUAUUAAGGGACUGAGACAUCUCUGGUGGAUGGAGGGGCAGUGGGUGGCACUUCACAGCCUGGUGGAACGCGCUCCCUGGGGGCGACCCAGUAGCUGGUACUUAAGGCGUUCAACGUCAUUACGGCAGUACGGACGUUCAUUUUGUAAAAGGAAAAAGUGCCCUUCGUUCCGGCCGGUGGUGAUAACAGUUGCAGCUAACACGUGUCACGCACUAACUAGAGCGCCAUGCUGGGGGGAUGGGCUUUGUCACUGUGGGAACUGUCCGUCUGAGCUGCCAGUCUGCGUUUGCAUCUGUGUGUCUGAAGCAAGCCCCAAACUGCGUCCUUAGCAUUACUGACCUUUCAGGUCUUCAAAACCCAGUGCCUUAAAGGUGGGAGGCCCUCCCGGUGGAGGCCGCAGGGAAAGGGAAUGGGGAAGUCUCUGGGUGGGCUUGUGGGGAUGCUGCUUCUUCCUCAGUUUGCUGAGUGCAGAUGACCCAGGUAAGAGCUGCAGUGUCCCCAGCCCCGAGGACCAGCUCACGUGUGGGGACAGCAACUCUGGGUUCCCCACAUGGGUGUCCUUCCUGCCGUCCUUAGGGAACAGAAAUAAUAGGUGUGUGUCAGCAAGGGGCGGCCUCCAUGCCACGGUCGAAUGGUAGCCAAGGAGGAGGCCUGGUGUGUGCCUGGCGCUCACUGCUCCCUGCGGGCGCCACACUAGCCGCUGCGAAGGGAGCAGAGCCUGGGGAGGGGAGGGCAGGGCGGCCGCGCAGUCAGGACUCCUGGUUCCCAGCCCCAGUGGGGUGGCCUUCUCACCAGCCCUGGUCGGAGAGAAGACCCGCCCUCGUUUCCAGAGUUGCUGGAGGUGGCUGGAACAGCAGUCGGGUCAUCUUGAUGAGACCAGAGUGGCCCGGGUGGCAGGUGCUAGGUUGACGCGGCCUGACUUUGGGUAGGAGUGCCUUCACCAGAAGCGCCUGCUGGACCCCAGAGUGGCUGGGCCCUCAGUCAUCCUCAGUGUUGAGUGCAGUCGCAAAGCAUCGCGGAGUGACAGGCCCCUGCCUCUGGCCCGUGGCACGAGCUUCGCAGUCUGUUUUUUAAAUCGUGUGUUUAUUUUUCUGACCGCUUUGCCCUCACCGGGCUACCCGCCUCCUGCUUCUGCACUCCAGUGGCAAAGAGCAAGGGCCGGGCAGCUGCAGACAGGAGCCUGCUGCACACGUGCACGUCUUGUUUCUGUGUUUUGUAACGUAAAAAUCCCACCUCCAUGGGCCAAAGAUCUUAUUCCUCUUAAAAUCAAGAAGGAAUGAAAACAAAAGGCAAAAAAAAAAAAAGCAAAAACAAGAAAACGGUAAUAGUAACAAAGCCCCAUCUUCUGUGGUGUUCAGUCAGCAGGUCUGGGGGAAAUCACCCCCUGCCCAGGGCAUGUGGCGCUCGCAGCCAGGAGGCAGCAACCUGGGAGCCUCCUUCAGUCACCCAGAUUGUGCGCUAGUGACCACUGAGCAGUCUGCGUUUCCGUAUUUUCACACAGGAAUCCGAGUGUAGACGUGUUAGCACUCAAACACACUUGGGCUUAUCUCUCAGGUUUUAUGUGUUUCAAAUGUAUUUGUUGCUAAUCAGUGUGCAGUUUAUCAAUGCAAUUUUAUAUUCCUUAAAAGGAGGAAGAGUGGGUUUUUAUUGUACAUGUCAAAAGCAGGAGGUGAGCGUAUUAUGUAUUUAAUUUAAUUUGGAAAAAAAUUGAGUCUUAACACAGCCAUGGUUGAAAUUUGUUAUCCUAAUCUGUCCAUUGCGUGUAAAUACAAUAUGCUUUUUGGAUGUAAAUCUUAGAAACGCAUGGUGUGAGUGUAGGUUAUCAUUAAUAAAGCAUUAAUCCUGUCUACAGUA